AAAGAUUUAUUUUGGUGGGUUACUUUUUAUUCUUUUUCGGUUUUUCCAAUGGCGCGAAGCAGCUAUCUUCCUUAUUAUGAACCGUUGUCGCUAUCCCAGGCAUGUUAACAAUGCGAAGGGCCCUUCGAGUCUACCAUUCUUUCAGAAACUACACCUCUCUUUCAAUCCUUCGUUACUUCGUUUCUGCUACUCGAACCCUCAAGAAUUGCAACGCUGAUCGGAUCAAAUUCCUCAUAUACUGCAAUUCCCAGAUAUCGGAAAAUGGCCGGAAAGGGAACAUUGAAGAGGCCGAGUCAAUUUUUUAUGGCAUGUCCGCUAAAAAUAUUGUAUCUUGGACGGCAAUGCUCUCGGCGUACGGUCAAAACGGGCUGCUCAAGAAAGCCCGUGACCUGUUUGACAAAAUGCCCCAACGAACAGUUGUGUCGUGGAAUGCGAUGUUAACGGCUUAUAUGAGGAGCAGAGUUGAGAUUGAUGAGAUAUUCAAGUUUUUUGGGUCGAUGACAGAGCGAAACGCAGUGUCUUUUGCGGCUAUGGUCACGGGGUUUGUUAAUGCAGGGAGUUUCAUUGAGGCUGAGAAAUUGUAUCACAAGACUCCAGUGGUUUUCCGUGAGCCAGUCUGUUCAAAUGUGCUGAUAAAUGGGUACUUAAAGAAUGGGAAGCUGGAGGAGGCAGUUCGGGUUUUUGAGAGUAUGGUGGAAAAGGAUGUUGUUUCUUACAGUUCAAUGGUUGAUGGGUACUGUAAAAAUGGGAAUGUUACUGAGGCUAGGAAGUUGUUUGAUGUGAUGUGGGAGAGAAACGCGGUAACUUGGAGUUCUAUGAUCAAUGGGUAUAUGAAAGUAGGGUCCUUUGAGGAUGGGUUUGAAUUGUUUCUGCAAAUGAGAAGGGAAGGUGAGGUGAGGGUUGAGCCAACUACAUUCACUAUAAUUUUUGAAGCUUGUGGGAGAUACUGUAAAUAUGAACUAGGUUGUCAAAUUCAUGGAUUGGUCUUACGAUUAGGACAUGAAUGUGAUGUUUUCUUAGGCAAUUCCAUCAUAACCAUGUAUUCUAGAUUUGGUUAUAUAAAUGCAGCUAGAAGUACAUUUGAUGCAAUGAUACAUAAGGAUAUAAUUUCAUGGAAUUCUCUUAUUAGUUGUUAUGUUCAAGGUGAUAGACUUGAAGAGGCUUAUGAACUUUUUGAGAUGGCCCCAGAGAAGGAUGUGGUUUCUUGGACCACUAUGAUUAUGGGGUUUUCUAACAGAGGGUUGACUGAGAAGUGCAUUGCUUUGUUUGAAAUGAUGCCCAAGAAAGAUGUUGUUGCUUGGUCUACUUUGAUUUCUGGGUUUGUUCAUAAGGGAGAAUACGAGGAAGCUAUUUGUUUGUAUAUAGAGAUGCUUAGAAGUGCAGUUAGACCAAAUUCUAUUACUUUAUCCAGUAUGCUCAGUGCUUCAGCUGGGUUGGCAGCAUUGAAUCAGGGUUUGCAGGUACAUGCUCAUGUUUUCAAAAUGCGUUUGGAAUAUGAUUUGCUAAUCCAAAGCUCCCUCGUCUCAAUGUAUUCCAAGUGCGGAAGCCUAAACGAUGCUUAUAGAAUAUUCAAAUCUGUCAGGGAACCCAACAUUUUUAUUUUUAAUGCCAUGAUAACUGGAUUUGCCCAAAAUGGUUUAGGCAAUGAAGCACUUAUAUUAUUCAAAGAGCUGGAGAGUGAAGGUGAAAAACCAAAUGGCAUUACCUUUAUCGGUGUUCUCUCAGCCUGUGCACACACUGGGAUGGUAGAAGAAGGAUGGAACUACUUUAAGUCCAUGAGAUCAUUAUAUAUGAUAGAACCAGAACUUGAUCACUAUGCUAUCAUGGUUGAUAUCCUUGGUAAAGCGGGUUUGCUUGAUGAGGCAAUGAGUUUGAUCAAUUCAAUGCCACUUGAGCCCCACUCUGGGGUUUGGGGUGCUCUUCUCAGUGCAAGUAGGACUCACUUGCGUCUUGAUCUCGCAAAGGUUGCAGCUGAGCAUAUUUCUAACUUGGAGCCAAGCAACUCUGCUCCUUAUGUUGUCUUGUCAGACAUUUACUCUUUUCUGGGGAAGAAGGAGGAUGAGGAACAAAGCAUUACCAUCCCGAAGAUUUUAAAGGGUGAGUGGUUUAAGGAAGGUUUUAAACCGCCUAUUUUCAAUGAGAUGGAAAACGCGAAUCUGGACGACGUGGAAGGUGUUUUUCAGCUCUCUGAAGAGUGUCAUGUGACACAGAAGUGAAGAACAUCCUACUCCCAUGAAUGCAUUUGAGUUAAUUUCUCUGUCAAAAGGACUCGACCUUGGGAAUCUCUUUAAUGAACAGCCUGAAGAUUUUGUAUUAGCCACAUCAAUGUUCCCAACUGCAAUAAACCUGCAAGUACUCAAGCUAUAUAGUUUGAAUUUUGCUGACGGAAUGGAGUUCACAGUUGCUUUACAAUUGCUUCAAAAAUCUCCCAACCUAUGUGAACUGGAGAUUCGAGCAUGUUUCAGAUGUUUAUCUGAAGACACAAGACUUCCAGAGGAUCACGGUUGUAUUAUUGGUCAAGAUCUAAAGAUGCUCCACACAGUAAAGAUUAAAUUAUUUACAGGAUCCAAAGUGGAAAUGUUUUUUGUGAAAAUGUUGCUCUCUAAAUCCCCUGCCUUAGAGAAAAUUGUUAUUCAAAAUUUUAAUGAUCCCAAUGGACCCAAUCCCUCCAUGGAUCUCAAAAUUUCAAGAGAAUUGUUGCGCUUUCCUCGUGCAUCUCCAAAAGCACAAGUUGUCUACAUGGACUAUAAACCUUGCCUACGGAGUGGUUGGCUUUCCACGGUUUUCCAUAGUUUAAUGUAGAAAUGUAAUCAAUGGUGGUUGUGCCAGAUAGUGGUUAACUUUUGUAAGAUAAUGACGGUAUCUUAUUUUCCUAAGUAGUUGACUUAAAGAA